CCUUCUCUCUUCUCUCUUUUUCCCUUCCGUUCCUCCCUCUCCUUCCACCGCCCCUCUUGGCUGUCUCUGUCCCGCCCUCGUCGAAGGAUAUACAAUCUAGAUAUUAUUUCCUCAGAAUCUACAGCAAAUGACUUUGCUUGUCGAGUUCUCUGAUUUCAGCGGAUAGUUCCUUCAGGAGGCUGCAUGCUGGUCUGUGAGCUUUUGCUACAGAGUUCAAGUCCAUACAUCAAUACAUGGUGGCAGAGUGACUGUCUUACAAGUUGUAGGGUGGCGACUCAAUUCAAAUUGGAGGAGAAAUCAAGCCAUCACUUCAAGAAAUUAGGGAUCGCAAGAUUUGGAAAUCAAAUCUAUUUAGUGAUCCAUAUAAAGUCGUCCUAUCUAUCGCUUUACAUACAACAAUAAAACUCUGGAAGUUAAAUAGCUAAGGGUGAACAAGAUGCCGCAACUGAAAAUUGUGGCGAGAAACUUUAUGGACAUGGUGGCAUCAUUGCCUGCAAUGAAACUCGACAAGCUUUAUGAGAAUUCAUUCAUUUGUGAAGCCAUCCUCAGAUCUUUGCCUCCAUUGGCAAAGAAAUAUGUGCUGCAGCUGUUAUACAUAGAUGGUCCAGUGACAGCCAAGUGGUUGGAAGAAUGGGUUCUAGCUGAUGGGAUCUCAAAGCACAGAGUGGCAGUAGAUCGAUUAAUUCAGUUGAGAAUCCUGACUGAAACUGUUGAGCGGAAGAAAGAAGCUACAUAUCUUUUUAAUCCAACAUUUCAGCGUAAUCUCCAGAAGCACAUAUUGCACGGUGGAGUUUUACCUAGAGAACCAAUGCCUUCAAACAUCAUUGCGAGACUUCCUAGCUUGGAGGAUCUAGAUGCCUAUGCUGUUCAACAAUGGGAGCUUUUCUUGCUGCACCUUAUAAGCUCUAGUGAAGCGGAAAAAUCAACAAACAUAAGCUCUUCCAUGAUGAAAGUAUUCCAGCGUGGUCUUCUGAGUCAAAAAGAUGACAAGGAGCCUCCAAAAUUGACAGAGAGUGGCUUCCAAUUUCUGCUGAUGGACACAAAUGCACAACUUUGGUACAUAGUCAGAGAAUAUAUAAAUAACUGUGAGGUAUCAAAUGUUCAGGCUCUCUUUGUUUUCCAGUUUCUUUUANAACUCAGCUUUCAUAUUACCGGCAAGGCAUAUAACUUAAACACUUUGUCUGAUAUCCAGCGAAGUAUAAUAAAGGAUCUUGCUGAUUUGGGAUUGGUCAAGCUCCAGCAGGGCAGGAAAGAGAGUUGGUUCAUCCCUACUAAACUGGCCACCAAUCUCUCCAUUAGCUUAGCGGAUACAUCAUCAAGAAAACAGGGGUUUGUUGUCGUGGAGACCAACUUUCGGAUGUAUGCAUACUCAUCAUCUAAAUUGCAUUGUGAGAUCUUGCGCCUCUUCGCAAGGGUUGAGUACCAGCUUCCUAACCUCAUUGUUGGUGCAAUCACGAAAGAAAGCUUGUAUAAAGCAUUUCAAAAUGGCAUUACAGCGGAACAGAUAAUAUCUUUUCUUCAGCAGAAUGCUCAUCCUCGAGUUGCUGAGAGAACACCAUCUGUACCAGAAAAUGUUACUGAUCAGAUUAGGUUGUGGGAAGCAGACUUGAACAGAGUCGAGAUGACGCCUGCUCAUUUUAUUGAUGAAUUUCCAUCCAGGGAUGUCUUUGAUGCUGCUUGUGAUUUCGCUCGAGAAUAUGGGGGUUUGUUGUGGGAAAACUCUAAGAAGAUGCGGCUUGUGGUCAAAGCAGAGAUUUUCGUACAGCUGAAAGAAUUUAUCCGUCGGCAAAAGCAGUAGCCUCGUUGCAUGGGCUUUCCUCUAUUACAGGUGCAGUAAAAGCAGAAAUUUCCUCGGAGAUGAAAGAAUUUGUUCGCGGACGCAGUAGCCUUCUGCACGGGUUACUCUGUUAUACCAUCUGAACAGUCAGAUUAAUGAGCGGGAAAAUGAUGGGUAUCAAUCGAAACAAAAUCUUGGGAUAGCCUCUCAUCGCAGAUCAUAUGUUGGAUUGUUCCUGUAACUUCUUGGUUGGCUAUUCUGUUUGUUCCUAAUUGAAAUCAUCCUCACUAUAAAAUUGUGAGAUUUCUUUCAAAAAGUUCGGAUCUUUAACAAGGUGCAUUUCACAUUAUAUAGUUUCAACCUUUUCUUUU